AUGAAAUUGUUUCUCAUCCGUCACGCAGAAUGCCAGCAUAAUGUGGGCCAAGCAUUAAUCACCGGCCACUCAGGCCUGACCCCCCUGGGGCGUGAACAGGCCGUGCAGCUUGCUCGGUAUUUUCGUGAUCGUCCAAUUCGCUUCAACCGUGUUUUGUCGUCGGAUCUUAAUCGUGCUACCCAGACUGCUCGGAUCAUCUGCCGGCACCAGCUGCGCAGUGGACCUCCACUGGAGCCCUUUCAGACCGCGAAGUUACGGGAGCGGUGUUUCGGAUGUGGAUCGAUGCUAGGAUCGCCGCUGCGAGCCGAGUCGAUUGCUUCAAUGAAGUUGCGAAUCAAUGGGUUCCUGCGAGAUCAGAUCCUACCAUUGAUGGCCAAUCGCACUACAAGCAGCGAUGCGGUCAUCGGGUUGGUGGCGCAUGGAAUGAUCUUGCAGGUUUUCUGGUCGUGUUUGUCCGACCUCUUCGGCUCGCAGUCAUUCCAUGUGGCUGAUAGCGCGAGCACCGAUGACUACAUGCACCCAGUUUGGUCCAAUACUGGUGUGAUGGAGGUUGACAUUCGUCCAGGGGGGCCGCCACAGGAGCUGCUGAUGGCGAAUGCCGUGCAAGUGAACGUGGAACCACCCUGGCUUAUGAAAGCCAAACCGCCAACGCCGCUUGGUGGAAGUCUUCCUUUGAUAGGAUGGUCUGUCACCAUCCUGGCGGUGGAUAGCACGUUCCAUCUCGAGAUGAAUGGAAUGUGCGAAGCCAGGCAAUACGCGAGGCACCCGCCGAUAGACGAGUUCGAUCGCCUCGUGUCAACUGCUUGA